GGGAAGGCGUAAAAAUAAAAGUAAAUACAAAGGUCAUUUUGCUGCAAAUUAACAAUUGUUUCGGACGGUUUCGUGUCUUUUGCCGUUUAAAAGGUACUCGGCGCGGCAUUUCGAAAACAUCGUUGGCUUAACGCCGCCUUUUCUAUUUCCGCCACGUGGCCAGAAAAUGCCCCUUUCGUAAACGGGUCGGGACCUCCGCGAAAUGUUUCCUAUGGUAGAUUAAAAUAUCGAAGUUUAGGGCUGGGAACUCUCCUAUUGUACUAAAAUCUCUAAGAAACGCAAUAUUUAAAUUAUUUGGAUUACGUAAAUAAGAAUGGAAAGGUAAUAUUUUUCGUUUCCAACAUUUCCUUAAUUAAUCGAUACGUAAAUAACCGUGGGGGGAACCGUCCUUUUUUCCCCGUAAGGCGAAAUUUCUAUAUCGUUUUAAAUAACGGGAACUUUUAGUUCCCGGUUGCCGGCCGACUCCGAAAUUACUCGUUCGGUUCGGACGACGAAACGUACUUUCGGUUAACCCACCGAAAUAAUUGGAUAUUUCCGCUUCUCCCGCGGAUGGGAAAAGCGCGCCUUGGAACGUAAAGGGAAUCGCGGCAUCCCCGGAUUAAAAGCGGGUCUAAUUUAAAAGCCGCUCCGCGCCCGUUAAAAACACGUAACGUACGAAUGCGCCGGGAAAGUAGCGAAUUUCUAACGGAAAUUCCGUCGUCGGACGGCAUUUUGGCUCGGCGUUUCUAUACGCGCGUGUCUGGUUUGCGUCCAACUUUCCGCUUCUGUCGGGAAACCGGCCAAAGGUUUAGAAAAGCCACCGGAUUCGGUCGAGACGCGGCGUAAUAAGAAACCUUCUAGCGCCACGGUUUCCCGGCGUACCGUACCGGUGGCCGGACCGACGGCUCCCAACUACGCGUCCCGGGUAUUUUCGGCUUUUGCGCGGAAAGCCGAAUACGGCCGUUGGCGGAUCCCUUAGGGUUUCCUUCGUCGUCCGUCUUAUCGUUUAUGACGUUUAUCGCGCCGCCCCUCCCGUUUGUCUAACGCUUACCACCGACCGGUAAUAGGGAAUUACGUAAGCGUCCGGCAGCGACAACCACACGGGCCCGAGUGUCGAAAGCCGGCCAAAUUCGCUUACACGUACGGCGCGGUGCAAAUAGGAGAAAUGGAAAAACAGUCCGUACGAAAUUUGAAAGUCAUUUUCGAAAGUCGUCCUCCCUUUAUUACCGUGGAAAUCGUCCGGGCUACCGAAAAUGGAUUCGUCGCGGAUAGAAUUCGAAAGUCGCCGCGUCAUUUUACGUCGAGGAGCGAAGAACUUGCUGAGUAGGUGCCGCGCGUCAUCCGCCCCGUCGCCGUGUCGGAACCAGCGAUAAGUUUCUCGUUUCUUACCGCCGUCCGGAUUACGGAUAUUUCUAACACCGGAAGUAAAUAUAUCGGAAGAAAAGAAUUCCGUAGUUUAACGUUCGAGCGCGGAUGAAAGUUUUCCCUUCGUCUUACGACGAAAUCAUUAAACGCGGAGGGAAGAUAUCUCCGUACCGUACGCAGCAGGAGACAGUUUGCACCAUUUCUCCGACUCUUCCUUCCCGCGGAACGAUGGACAGGCGUCGGUCGUCUCAGCCAUCCACCAUUUCCAGCUCGGCCUGCGGAGAGAGAGACAUCUGCAGAAUAUGUCACUGCGAGGGAGACCUGGACAUGCCUUUGAUAUCUCCCUGUUACUGUUCCGGUAGCCUCAGAUACGUUCACCAGGCCUGUCUUCAGCAAUGGAUCAAGAGCUCGGACACCAGGUGCUGCGAACUCUGCAAGUUCGAAUUCAUCAUGCACACUAAAAUCAAACCUUUUCGAAAGUGGGAGAAGCUAGAGAUGUCUCCGGUGGAACAGAGGAAAGUGUUGUGUUCCAUAACGUUCCACGUGGUGGCCAUAACCUGCGUGGUGUGGUCUCUGUACGUUCUCAUCGAUCGGACGGCCGAAGAGAUGAGGACGGGAGAACUGGGAUGGCCUUUCUGGACGAAACUGAUCGUGGUGGCCAUCGGGUUUACGGGAGGACUGGUGUUUAUGUACGUUCAGUGUAAGAUGUACGUCCAAUUAUUUAAAAGGUGGAGAGCUUUCAAUCGAAUUAUAUACGUUCAAAAUGUUCCAGAGAAAGCUGCCGAGUUGUCGCCGGUUACCGUCCUGGCGCCCAGAGACACCGACUCCGUCACUUCGGACAGUAAGAAGCACGGUUGUUCGCCGGUGGAAGAGUAUCACAGUUGCGAAAGCGGGGACACCGGAAGUGACGUGCCCGACGAACUGCCUCCCCCCAUCGUGGUGAAAGAAAACGCGGAAACGGUGGCAGUGACGCAAGUGGAGAGUGGCGAAGUGCAUCAAACUAGAUGAGACUCGCUGGUUUAGUCUCGCCCGUUAUCUAGUCAAGUUUCGCUGUUUUUCUGCUCUAAACAUAACGUUUUCGUUUGGAAUAAUCGAAGACUGUCGACCGACAUUCCUCCUUCGUUUCUUUACGUAUGCGGAAUAUUCGAACUUUCGUCACGU